AUGGAUUCUGAGGGAGCUGUGAGCAUGGCAGAGACCGCGCCUUCUUCCGUACCUCCUGCUGCUGAAGCCCCUAUGAUGGCGACAGAAAGUGCUGGAGAAGCUCUGGAGCUGCCAGCCCCUGGAGGACUGACAAAAGAAAUACCAACUGAGGAGCAGCCAUCUCAGGUGCCCUCGGGCCAAGAACAACGAAUUGCUGGAGAUAACAACCAAACACCGCCUCUUCCUAGCAGCCCUUUGAGCACCAACGGCUGGGACAACCGGGAAUCCUUUCACGACGAUCUUUAUCAGACCCUUCAGGCCAUCAAGAUGCCUGGGACAUUUGCUUCAUUCCACCCGAUUAAGACUGCCAAUGGACCUCUCAACCCAGGGCUCCAUGUUGCCGAUAUAGGGCCCAUUAGCUUCCCCCUCAAGGAGGAACAGGCUCGCAGCUUGAUCGAAAAGACGAGGCAAGCCCCAUUCGGCAAGGGCAGCGAUACUGUCGUCGACACAACGGUACGAAAUACAUGGGAACUCGAUCCCACGCAGUUCGAGCUCCGCAAUCCUCAGUGGAAUGCCAUCAUCAACCAGUUGUGUGCCAGGGCAGCGCACGACAUGGGCAUCAAUGCACCCAUCAUUCCAGAUUUGUACAAGCUGCUCAUCUACGAGAAGGGCGCCAUGUUCAAGGCUCACGUCGACACCGAAAAGAUCCCGGGGAUGUUUGGCACCAUGGUUGUCUGUCUCCCGUCCCCUCAUGAGGGAGGCGAGGUCGUGGCCAAGCACUGUGGGGAGACUAAGACGUUGAAGACGUCCAAGUACAGGGAAGGUUCCGUCGCCGUAUGGUACUCUGAUGUCUCCCACGAGGUUCUCCCCGUCACUUGGGGCUAUCGCGUCGUUCUCACGUAUAACCUCGCUCUCGACCCGUCGAGGCCACUUCCUUCCGCUGGUCUCCGGCGAGCCGAGACCCAGAAGCUGCGUCAUUCGCUGAGGAAGUGGUUGAAUGGUGGCGUCCCUGGCAAGUCAGAUACGGAUCACCUCUAUUAUCGGCUCGACCACGAGUACACCGAGGCCAACAUCUCCAUGGCGGCCUUGAAGGGGCGAGAUUACGCGGUGGUGCAAACUCUCGAUGACCUUUCCACAGAGCUCGAGUUUGACGUCUUCCUCGCAGCUCUGGAACUCAAGGAAGAAGGCACCGUGGAAUAUGAUCACGGUGGGUAUCGGUAUAAAGACGACGACUGGGAUGAUGAUGAUGAAGGGUGGCAUGAGUUGGAGGACGUCAUCGAGUCUCAUGAGCGUGUGAAGCUACUUGUUGGAGUUCACGGGCGUCCUGUCAUGCGUGACAUAAAGUUCGAAGUGGAACACGCCCUUGACAGCAAUGAUUUCUGGGUUGACGCUCCUCAAGAGGAGGACUACCAAGGGUUCAUGGGAAACUCGGGACCUACCGCUACACACUGGUACCGCAUUACGGCCGUGUUGAUCGUGCCUCGUGCAAACGUGGCGUCAUUCCUCAAACGCAAUCUCGGCAAAGAGGAUAGGAGGUUGGCUUACCCUUCCUCAUACCUUGAAAGGGACCGUAUAGGAAACCUUCGGUUAGUCGUUUCGUAUUUGACGCACACAGCCUCGAAACCGGGGAAGGGCCAGGCGUCGGCUUUCAAGGCUCUGCAAGAUAUCUGGGACACGUCAAUCUGCCAACCUAGAUCAACAGUUGCGUUAACCAGCACAGAGAUCAGCGAUCUGCUUGAAGCUGCCGUCCAGUUGCGGGAAUGGGACUUCUUUGAAAAGAUUGCUGCCGACCCUCAUGGCUUGAUCAAUUCUUAUAUCUACGAGUGGUUGAGUAAGCAGGUCACUGAAGGCAAGGUCUCGUUCCAAGACAUCAAAAAGGGCAGGUUGACCUCCAUGGUUCUCGGCUGCGAAAAGUUCUCCUUGCGAGUGCACAUGGUCGAAUCGUUUGCGCAGAACGGUUCUCCAGUCUUGACCGAUGAGGUUCGCGAGUGGGCGCUGGACAUCUUUUCCAAGGGACUGGCAAUCUCCUCUGCUUCUGGCAGUUUUGUCGGCUCUGAUGGGUUGGCUGCGAUUUUGGCUGCCAGGCGAUAUGCCGACUUUGCCUGGCUCAAGUCAACCGUCGUCCCCAUCAUUGAGAACCACCUCAACAUCCCAGCGUUUGCUCUCGACUUCCUGUCAGCCCUCUUCAUGAUCACCAAGAAGAAGAUCUUCCCGGUACAAGAAGGUGUGCAGCUCUACAAGCGCCUCGCCAAGCAGUUCAUCUCGCAGCUCGACUUCAAUACUGUCUACGGCGACAGGCCGGAAGAGAAGAACAUGCCGCGCAAGCGACGCAAAGACAUUUCCGGGCAGCUCGGUCCCGAGGCCGACUACAACUACGACCUCGCCGUCCAUCCCGACACGCUCGCCGAUUUCUUCUCCCACCUCAUCAAGCUGAGCACGCCACCGCAGGACGACCUCGUGGGGCCCCUCGCCAUCAAGCUUGUAGGCCACGCGAAGCACAUGAAGUGGAACGACUUCCACCCCCUCUGGCUGCCGUUCCUCAGGGAGCUCAUUGAGCGGCUCGAGUCCCAUAAGGUUCCCCUGACGACUCCCCGCUACCGCCAGAUUGCCGGCGCUAUCCUUGAGGCUUACCGCGACACCUACCUCGGCGAGAAGCCCUCGACCAAAGCCCGCGAUGACAAUGCUAGGGUCUCCCCCUGCUAUUGCGGAGACUGCGACAUAUUGAAUGAGUUUCUGCGCAACGGCAACAAGCAGCAGUGCCGGUUUUCCGUGAGCAAGCCAAAACGCCACCAUCUGCAUAAACAGAUUGAGAACUACGGCAUCAGAUGCUCGCACGUCAGCGAUAGGAGCGGUCCGCAGGAUACGCUCGUGGUGACCAAGCUGGAUCCAGCCCCAGGCGCCAAGUGGAAGGCGGCGCGGGAGGAAACGGCAGAGCAGUUCCAGCAGUUUGACCAGACGAAGCUGGGGAUCCUGCUGGGUGAGGACUAUCCGCGUAUCGCGGAGGCAUUGUGGGAGCGGCCCACGAAUCUCGCGCCUGGCUCCGGAGGUAUCUCUUACAUGCCGGCACCGGUUCAGACUCAUCCUCAGCUUCCUGCUCAGGCGUCGUACGCCCAAGCUCAAGCUCCGAUGCAAUCGACACAUGCUCCUUCAGUUCAAGCACCUACAUACCCGUCCGCUCAACCUCAAAUGCCAGCUCGGCCCCCAGGGGGUUUGGCACCGCACCCGGGACAGGGCAUGUACAUCCGCGAACCCGACAACCAGCCCUUCCCUACCGCGCCUCCCGCCCGGUUCGGCGUACACCCUCCCAACAACUGGGUUCGGCCGCCGACGGUCCACAUGCCUCACGGCGUUCCGGAGCCAAGACCUGCUGGCGGAGGAUACCUAUCUUCGAUGCCAACAGUGCAGAACCAUACGGGCUCCGGCGGGCAGGCCCCGACGUUCGGAUCGUCGGUCGGUGCUGCGCCGCAGGUGCAACCAAAUCAAAGACCGCACGGCGGGCCUCUGGCGCCGAUGACGGGCAAUGCGGGCGGCCCCCCACCGCCGGGACAACACCUCCCCGGCAUCAAUAACAUGGGCCUGCCUCCGUCGGUCGCGGGAGCGAAACGCAAGGCGGAGCCCGAGAUCAUUGACCUGACAUGA